GUCAUUUGGACGAGCCUGAUUUAGACCGAGGUGGUCUUGUUUCUGGGUCUCUGCGGCCCCUCCUGCUGUGGCCCCGCCUCGUGUUUAUUAAUAAAGCCAAACAGAAUGGCGGUUGCCGUGGUGACGCAUAUCUGCAGGCUGACUGGAGGAGCGAGUGCCAGUGAGAGAGUUCCUCCACCCCGUCAGUCCCCGACGUUCUGUCUUCCACGCUCCCUCCUUUCCAACACAUUCUUCCCCUGCAGCAAGGCAAACUCAAAUAAAGCCUUUGAAGGUACUUGUCAGUCCAAAAGAAGUGCGGUGGUGACCUUCUGUGUCUUCACCAGCAGACACACUGAGAGGACAGCCAUGGAGGACGACCACUUGGCGCCUCUCUUCAUCCACGAAGAAGAAGACAACGGGGACCCGGAGGGACCUGACGUGGAUCCCAGAGAGCAGAGCGACCGCCCGCCUUUUACUUUGGCAGAGUGCUCACCUGCGCUGCUCGGGCCGUACUUACACCAGAUGGAUGACCUCCUUCAGAGCUGCGAGGACAUGACGGACAUUUCUUUCUGUUCCCACCUCUCCGGGGAGUUGGAAGCCAGCCAUUGGGAAAGCUCCCCGUAUUUUUCCACCAGCUGCACAGAAACCCAAGUGGACAAGACAGAACCUUCUCAGGGAGGAGCCGAUGUUUCUCACCAGGCGGACUUGCCUCUUACUUUGGCGGGGAACCGGCUGAGCGACACCAUGAUGGAGUACGAGGGGCGCCUGUUGGGGAUGUUGGCCGUGUUGGAGAGCUGCAUGGAAGACUGGGAGGCAAGUCCAGAGGACGUCCACGUGAAGACAAGUCCAGAGGACGUCCACGUGGAGACAAGUCCAGAGGACGUCCACGUGGAGACAAGUCCAGAGGACGUCCACGUGGAGACAAGUACAGAGGACGUCCACGUGGAGGAGGUGGAGACAAGUCCAGAGUAUGUCCACGUGGAGACAAGUCCAGAGGACGUCCAUGUGGAGACAAGUCCAGAGGACGUCCACGUGGAGACAAGUCCAGAGUACGUCCACGUGGAGACAAGUCCAGAGUACGUCCACGUGGAGAACUGUGGGAGGGAAGCAGCACCCGGAGGGAACCCAAGCUAUGAUGCUUCCUCAUUGGCCACAACUUGUGAGGAAAAGCAGGUGAAUGAUGCAUGGCCACUGAAGAUGGACCUUUGUGGGUCUGAAGUGGAGGGCUUUGAGGCUCUCAGGUGUCAAAUGGAGGAGUGCAUCCAGGAGGUGCAGCGCUUGGAGAGCAGGAGAAGAGAAUUACUCUCAGAGGUGCUGCAGCUGAGACGGCAGAAAGGCCCGGAAGAAGAAGAAGAGAAGCGAGAAGCCAUGGAGGAUGACGUCUUCCACCAAGUGAUGAGCUUGCUGACCAGGCUGCAAAGCGAGGAGGCGGCCCGCAGAGAGGAGAGGAAGCGGGAGAUCCGGCGCUUGAGGGCGACAAGAGCGGAGGAGGAGCGGCGGGUGUGGCAGGUGGACCUGGAGACGCAGGAGAUGCGCCAGCUGCUGCGGAAGCUGAAGUGGAAGCUGUUUGCUCGGGCCAAGGAGAGUGCACACGCCCAGCUGGCGCUCAGCAAGCAACGCCAUGAGGUGGCGCUCCUCAGGAGACAGGAGGAGACCCUGCAGACCGUGGUCCUCCAGAUGACGGACGAGAGUGUGCAGCUCAAGUUGGCUCACCAGCGACACCUGCUGGACCUCCUGGCUGAGCUGCACCUGCAGGGCGCCAAGCACACCUCUGCUGUUACGCAGGAGGAGAUGUGCAGGAGACACUCCCAUGGGGACAUCCAGCAGUACCUGCAGGCCAGCCUGGCAGCCCUCCACAACAGGUACGAGCCCAUGUUGCUGGCCUUGCUGAAGAGGAAGGAGACAACAACACGGUCUUGUGCAAAGUCCAAAGAGCAGACGCAGGAGCUCAGGGCCCAGUUAAGACCCCUUGAGGAAGAGACCCAAAAGCUGCUGCUCCAGAGAGCUUGCAUGGAGGAGAAAGUCAAACUCACGCAGGUGCAGAGGAAAGAGGAUGCUCAGCACUAUCAGGAGAAUAUCCGAGGUCUGGAGGAGAGCAGCAGAGUCUUCAAGACUGAGUUGAUGGUGCAGAAGAGAAAGAACAAAGAAGCAGAAGAUAUAAGAGAUAGUCUUUCCAAACAGAUCCUCUUGUACAGGUCUGCUGCUGGAGACAAGCACACCUUUCAACUCACAGAGGAAAUAUGAAAACGUGUCUUUCAAUAGAGGUUAUCCAAUGCACUUUAGAUACUUGCACUGUUGUUGUAUUGUAUGUUCCACGCCUUGAAGAGAGCACUCAUUGUUAUUAUUGUCUGCCUACAAAACACAACCAAUGUUAUUUUUAAUGAAAUGA